CACACACACUCACACACACACACACCACUCUCUCGUCUCUCUCUCUCUCUCAGAUAGGCAGCGCAGACGUGGGCAGAGUGUGGGGGUAUAGGAAGAGGAGAGAGCGGGAGGGUAGGUAGUAGUGUGUGUGAGGCUGUCAGACAGCAUGGUCUGGGUCUGAGGACAGCACUGGAAGACGCAGCAGCAGCAGCAGCAGCAGCAGCAACAGCAGAUCUCCAUGUGGUGACGUCCACACAUCACCUGGACCUGUCCACCCGUCAGCACCCACCCAGGUCAGCACCCACCUCUUUCAGAGAGGAGGAGGAGGACGAAGGGGGGUGGGUCUGUUUAUCUUUUUUUUUUUUUCUCAGUGUUUUGGUUUUGGGAGUAGGCUCCGGGCUGGACCGCAUGCAUGACACAACGCAAAGGCGAGAAACCCACCAUCAGCAUCCAGGAGCACAUGGCCAUUGACGUGUGCCCUGGCCCCAUCCAGCCCAUCAAGCAGAUCUCAGACUACUUCCCCCGUUACCCGCGGGGCCUCCCCCCUGCUGCGCCCCAAGUGGGCCACGCCGGGCCCCCGAGCUCUGCCCUCUCCACCUCCUCGGGCAACACCACCACCACCGCCGCUGCCGCUGCCACCGAAAGUGACCGCCCCAAUGAGGAUAAACCGGACCGGGCUUGUGCCGGAGCCUCCGCCUCGAUACAGGCCACCAAGAGGGACGAGGAGCCCGACGUGGAGGGAUACGACUCAGAUGACUCCACUACGUUGGGGACCUUGGACUUCAGUUUGCAGUAUGACCAGGAGAACAAUGCACUGAACUGCACCAUUAACAAAGCCAAGCUUCCCAUCCCCAGAUACAAGAAGGGGCUCAAGCCGAUGGACCACAACGGGCUUUCUGACCCCUACGUCAAGUUGCACCUCCUACCCGGAGCCAGCAAGGCCAACAAACUUAGAACCAAGACCCUGCACAACACACUCAACCCUGUCUGGAGCGAGACCCUGACCUACUACGGCAUCACCGACGAGGAUAUGGUCCGCAAAACACUCAGGAUUUCAGUGUGUGAUGAGGACAAAUUUCGCCACAACGAGUUUAUCGGGGAAACGCGAAUCCCCCUCAAGAAGCUGAAGCCCAACCAAAUCAAAAACUUCAACAACUGCCUGGAGAAACAGUUACCUGUCAACAAGACGGAAGACAAGUCCCUGGAGGAACGAGGACGCAUCAUGAUUUCUCUAAAGUACAACACCCAGAAGUCCUGCCUGGUGGUGGGCAUCAUACGCUGCGCUCACCUCGCCGCCAUGGACGCCAACGGCUUCUCCGACCCCUACGUCAAAUUGUAUCUGAAGCCUGACGAGAACAAAAAGUCAAAGCACAAGACUGCUGUGAAGAAGAAGACGCUCAAUCCAGAGUUCAAUGAGGAGUUCUGUUACGACAUAAAAUAUGCAGACCUCACCAAAAAGACCUUGGAGGUGACCGUGUGGGACUACGACAUCGGAAAGUCCAACGAUUUCAUAGGUGGCGUAUCUCUGGGUAUCAAUGCAAACGGAGAGAGGCUCAAACACUGGUUUGACUGCCUUAAAAACAAGGACAAGAAAAUUGAGCGCUGGCACACGUUGACCAAUGAAUUACCCGGUUCAUUAAAUGACUGAAGACCCGCAUCCUGUCAUCCCGUCCCCCCCGCCGCCCCGCCUUCAUUACCCUAACUCAUCCUCCCAGCUCUUCUUCUCUGGAUUUUCUUCAUGUCGGCCACAGCGACCUGUGACACCUCUUUGGGAAUAUAUAUUCCCUCUCAACAGGGCUCAGUUAAAAAUAUCCUUAUGUUUGUGUUCACAUGUACAAUAGGGGUUGCACGGCUGCUCAUUUGUUUUCCUUUUUCCGAGAGAAAUUCAAUCAACAAAAUCAAAUCACGGGGAUUUUAGUGUUGAAUUUUUUGAUCAGUGAAGGCAAACGGAGCAAAUGCUUUCUGUUUGAUGAGAUCUUUUACUGCGGCUAAAUGAUUUACCGAGGAUUCGCCAGUCCCCUGAAGCAGCACAAACAAAGAUUGGAGAAUCUAACAAAGGAUGUAGCAACAUUUUAUACUAAUGGGAGUAUGCAGAGAUGUUUAGUGGAAAAGUUCUCAUUUUGAAGAUGUUGCACUUUAAUAUGAUUGUAAAGCUGUUGGGUAGCAGAGGUCGGAAAGUGGCUCCCACACAACUGGCCGACUACAAGCAGAUUGUUUUCAAAAUCUGGAGCUUUUAUCCUUUAGUUUGACUCAUUUGGCCAGGUGAAGACAAUGUCAGAACAUCCUUAAAAUACUGUACAAGUUAAGGCCUCAGUAUGCUUCAAACAAACCACAUCGUGCAUGAGAUGUCCUCCAAGAAAAACAACUUAAUUUUCAGUAAAUGUCCACAACCGACAUGUUGGCUGUAUUCAAAACCGCAUA